AUGGAUUCGCACCUGACAACCAAGGCGACGCGAUGGGGUAUUUGCAGUGCUGGAUGCAUCAGCCGAGAUUUUAGUCAUUGUCUUAAGUCUCUCCCGUCGUCGGAACAUGAGAUUGUUGCUGUCGCAGCCAGAGAUUUGAAGAGAGCUCAGAGCUUUGCCAAAGACUUUGGCAUUCUGACAGCUUACGGGUCAUAUCUGGAAUUAGCAAAAGACCCGGAUGUUGAUGUGGUAUAUAUUGGCACCAUCCACCCAGAGCAUCACAGAGUCACUCUUCUCUUUAUUAGUCAUGGUAAGAACGUGCUUGUGGAGAAGCCAGCCGCCAUGAAUCUAAAACAGCUUAAGGAAAUGACAUCACUGGCAAAGGAAAAGAAAGUCUUCUUUAUGGAGGCCGUCUGGACUCGAUUUUUCCCGCUGUACCAGCGCAUUCUGAACGAGAUGAGCAAUGAGACGAUCGGUAAAGCCCGUGUGCUCCGACUGGAACUCGCCAUUCCGAUCUCUAACCGCGAACGGAUCAGAAGUAAAGUUCUAGGGGGCGGGGCGUUGCUAGACAUGGGGGUCUACCCGCUGAACAUUGCCGUCUUCCUGUUCGGCAAGCCUGACGAUAUCUCAGUACAAGGCACCAUGAUGGGGGACACCGAGGUGGACGAAGGUGCUUGUGUAAUAUUCAAGUACAAUGACGGAAGGAUGGCGCAGCUUCUCUACAACGUCACAUUCAAAGGCAUGAACGAAGGGGUGAUCUAUGGAACCCACGGUUUAAAAGAAAGUCCCGUUGUUCCAGUGUCUCACAGUGAAUACGUUAUGGAUCUGGUGGACAAGAUAAAGUCCAAAACUGGCCUGCGAUACGACGUGGACGAGUAG